AUGAACACAAACACGAAAUAGGGGAUUAAUGGGGAUAUGAAUUAUGUUCUGGAUGAUAAAAAUUAGAUAGUUAGGGGAUUAAAUAGGGAUGAUAUAUAUAAGGAAAUCAGCUAUAAAAUAUAGGAUACAAUAAAUAAUUAAAUAUACGAUUAAUAUUGCAAAUAAAUUUAGGAUAAGUAGGGGUUAUCUAGGCUAUGA